AUGAAGCAGCUCUUGGUGUACUACUACCGCGUGGUGCAUUGCGAGGGCGGCCAUCUUACACGGGCUAAGCCAGACAAGGUGCUGCCUGGGGAUAUCAUCCGGCCGACGAAAACACAGACUCAAGCUAUGGACGAGAUAAUGGCAGCCUUGGCUGUUGAGGAUGCAGAAGAGACCGAGCAGGCUCUCAAGCAUGCAAUUCGGCGACUCUACCUGGCUUUGAUUUGCCAUACGGUUGGCAGCGUGCCGUUCAAAUCACCUGUCUUGAGUUUCUGCGCCAUGUUGAGCGGGAAAGUCCGUGGGAAAGGCCGAGGAUUGUGGGAGGAGCCGGGGAAUUUCAACAGCCAUCUGUCCGCUCUAACUUGGGUUGCCCAGCUUGUGAUCUUUGACUAUGCUUGCUUCCACGAGCAGGAUGAUGAAGAUCAAAUCCCCGUCUUUCUUGCCAGGAUGUGCAAGAAGUUCUUCCAGCAGCUGGCCGAGACACCAUUUGGGCACAUUUUGCAAUGGCGGCUCUAUCUGUUCAAGGUUGGAAAGGCUGCAAUCGCAAAGCACCAGGCUCGGUGGUCCCUAAACGGGCAGAAAGUUGAAUACCGUGGGGUAGAGUUACAGAUGACGCAGAUAUCACAUCUGGUUCUGUCCGAAUAUCAGAAAGCCCACUCUCUGCUUUGUGAUGAGCUAUUAUUUGGGGGCAAGGGCCUAAUUCCCAUGGAAUCGUGGAGGCUAAAGGAUGAUCUAGAUCUGGAGGAAUUUGGAGGGUCGUGGCUCUCCCAUCCCAGCAAUUCCGAAUUCCUCGACGGUGCUGAGCUUGCUCUAUUCAGACGGAUCCAGGGCAAUGAUAAGCUGCGGGCCAUGUUCUUGACCACAGCUGUAGACGGAAGUGUGGCCUUGUGUCCUAAGGCUAUGGCAAUCUACGAGGCACAUGCUCAGGACUUCCUAGGUUCAGGGUUGAUACUCUGCCACGUUCCACCAGGCCCGCCAGUACGGGCGUCUGAGUUGCUAUCAGUAACGUGGCGUAAUACUGCCCGACAGCGCCAUUUAUUGAUAUGGGAGAAGCUGGUUAAGUUGUAUGUCCAGUAUCACAAAGGCCAACAGCAGUCAGGCGUCUAUAAGGACAAUAUCCGGUUCCUCCCAAAGGCAAUUGGGGACUUGCUGCUCACGUACAUCGCAUAUGUCAUACCCUUGCGGCAGAUGUUCCUCCGGCAGCAGACUCCGGGCGCUCUCAUAUCCCCAUAUCUCUGA